CCGCUGGCGUCAGAAAUUGGAAUUAGAUUCUUUCCGUGUUCUUCACCAAUCUCUGUGGAUGCGGCUCGAGGAUAACAUCCUCAGGCCUCAUAUUUUGUUCCUUAAUUAACUCAAUUUCGUAGGUACUGCAGGCUCGAGGUUCUGCAAUGGCCGAUUCCUUCUCCGACGACAAGCUUUGCGGCUUCCUACUUGCGGUUCUCGCUGUGACUCCCUCGCAGCCCGACCCGUGUUCCAGUUUAGCCUUCCAAGAGCGCUGCGACAUCUUCGCGGACUGUUCUAAUGCCGCCGGAUUUAGGUCCGGCAACGGCGUCGUUUUGAUUCCGGUGGAUUCGGCUGCGAAGCUGAAUGAAGGCGGGAACGCGUCUUCUUCUGAUUCAGCGCAGUGCAAAGUGGUGGGGAGGGAAUCUACGAUUGACUUCGGCUGCAUUAGUUAUAGUACGCCUCGGGGUUCGCGAAAGGGCAAUGUAAGAAGAAAAAAUUGGCUGGUUUCAGGGAGUGGUAGCUUGAGGAGGAAGAGGAUGACGAAGAUUGGGAUGGUGAAUGGGAGUGUUAGCGUGAUUCACCAGCUCCACGCUUUGGUUAGCAAAAAGUGCUUGAAGAUUGAUGCUCGAGUGGUUUUGGUUGAGCUUGGAGACUGUGGGGAGGCUAGAGCUGUGGUAUUGGUCGAUGUGUAUCUCCCAAUUGCAUUGUGGAGUGGCUGGCAGUUUCCAAAAUACGGGUCCACUGCUGGUGCUCUUUUUAGGCAUUUGAGGUGUGACUGGGAUGAGAGAAGAUCAAUUCUUUCUUGUUCAGACAAUAUUAGGAAGAUUCAGGGGGCCAGUAAGAGCAUUUGGAACCUUAGUGACUGUCAUGUAUUUGGGUGCAAACUCCACUACCAUGCAAGAGAUUCUUCAAAGAAUAGUCUAUUUGAACUCCAUGAAAUUUUUAAGAGCAUGCCUGGUGUAGGAAAAGACCGGAAGCCCGCUAAUUCCAGGAUAGUACCAUUGAAUGACUCUUGGAGAUCUGGAAUUUGGGAGUUAUCUGAUGACAUUUUAACAAAAAUUCUAGCUCCCCUAGACCCAAUGGACAUUGCUAGGGUUUCAGCAACUUGUCGCCAUUUGAGAUCCUUGGCUGCUUUAAUAAUGCCUUGUACAAAGUUAAAAUUGUUUCCUCACCAGCAGACAGCUGUUGAGUGGAUGUUGCAUCGGGAGCGAAAUGCUGAACGCUUGGCACAUCCUUUGUUUGUUUCUUUUUCAACAGAGGAUGGCUUUAUUUUCCAUGUAAAUACUGUAUCUGGUGAAAUAGUCACUGGGGAAGCUCCCUCCAUUAAAGAUUUUUGUGGCGGAAUGUUCUGUGAUGAGCCUGGUUUGGGUAAGACUGUAACUACUCUUUCUCUUGUAUUGAAGACACAAGGUUUGUUGGCAGAUCCACCGGAUGGAGCGAAGGUGGUUUGGUGUCACCAUAAUGGUAAUCUUAAAUGUGGUUAUUAUGAUGUUGUUGGUAGUUACAUAAUUGACAGUAGUAAUUUGGGGAAGAGGGACAUAUGCCAGGAUGCUAGGAAUAAUGAGCACCAUGAUCACUCCUCCAAACGAGCUAGAUUGAAGGUUCUUGUUGAGAGAACUAGUGGACUUAAUAAAUGUUCUUGGGAAGAAAAGAAAUCACCUGUGGGCGAAUACUCUGAGCAUCUAAUGGCUGCAAGUCGAUGCUCUUGGGGUGUGAGUUGCAUUAAGAAAAAUCUCUGUGCCACUUUUGAUGAGGAAGCUGGGCAUUCCCAAGAAAGAAAAGAUAGUUUAAACUCUUUGAAACUAGAACAUGCAGCAAAUGCUGAAACACAUGAAUUCGAAAAUAAGCCAGUUGAUACUUCAUAUGGAAAUGGAAAGGGCAGGGGACCUGAGAAGCCUACAGUGGAUUCUUCUGAAUGCAAUGACACUUGGAUUCAGUGUGAUGCUUGCCAGAAAUGGCGAAAGCUUGCAGAUGCCAGUAUGGCUAAUACUAAUGCAGCGUGGUUUUGUAGUAUGAACACUGAUCCUCUGUAUCAGAGUUGUGGCAUCCCAGAACAACCCUGUCAUAAUAGCUAUGAAAUAACUUAUUUACCAGGAUUUCAUGUGAAAGGUAGUGCAGCGGGUGAGAAGAAGAAUGUUUCAUUUUUCACUGGUGUACUUAAGGAGCAUUACACAAUGAUAAAUUCUGAGACAAAGAAAGCCCUGACUUGGUUGGCCAGACUUCCUCCUGACAAGCUUUCUGAAAUGGAAAUAAAUGGCAUAAGGGGUCCUGUUUUAAGCACCUGCACUGUGUCUAGCGGAUAUCUUAAUCCAUACCACAAGAUAUUUCAAGCAUUCGGUCUCAUUAAGAGAUUAGAGAAAGGUGUAAACAAGUGGUACUACCCUCGAAAUCUAAAUAACUUGGCUUUUGAUGUAACUGCCCUUGGCAUGGCUCUGCGUGAGCCGUUAGAUUCAUUUAGGCUAUACUUGUCAAGAGCAACCCUUAUAGUUGUUCCUGCUAACUUGGUUGAUCACUGGAAAACUCAAAUUGAAAAGCAUGUCAAACAUAGUCAACUGCGAGUUUUUGUUUGGAAUGAUACUUGGAGAUGGAAGCCAUCUGUGCAUAGUCUGGCAUGGGAUUAUGAUGUUGUCAUUACUACAUUUAGUCGACUGAGUGCAGAGUGGAGCCCACGUAAGAGAAGUGUUCUGAUGCAAGUCCAUUGGCUUAGGGUCAUAUUAGAUGAAGGGCACACUCUUGGCUCAAGCCUAAACUUAACAAACAAGUUGCAAAUGGCUAUUUCUUUGACAGCUUCAAAUCGUUGGAUACUAACAGGAACACCAACACCUAACACUCCUAAAAGUCAACUAUCACAUUUACAGCCAUUGCUAAGAUUCCUUCAUGAAGAAGCUUAUGGGCUGAAUCCAAAGGCAUGGGAGGUUGGCAUCCUUAAGCCAUUUGAGGCAGAGAUGGAAGAAGGAAGGUUUCGUCUGUUGCAUCUACUUCGUAACUGCAUGAUUAGUGCAAGGAAGAUAGACUUACAUAAUAUUCCCCCAUGUAUCAAGAAAGCUGUUUUUCUGGAUUUUACUGAGGAGCAUGCCAGAAGUUAUAAUGAAUUGGUAUUAACAGUUCGUCGUAAUAUAUUAAUGGCUGAUUGGAAUGACCCUUCACACAUUGAGAGUCUACUGAAUCCAAAACAAUGGAAAUUUAGGAGUGCAACUAUAAAAAAUGUUAGGCUGUCGUGCUGUGUAGCCGGACAUAUUAAAGUUACACAUGCUGGUGAAGAUAUUCAGGAAACAAUGGAUAUGUUAGUAGAAAGUGGUGUGGAUCCUGAUUCAGCUGAGUAUUCCUCCAUAAGAUAUAAUCUGCUUUGUGGUGGCCAGUGUGUCAGGUGCAAGGAAUGGUGCCGUCUUCCCUUCAUUACACCAUGUCGGCAUCUGUUGUGCCUUGACUGUGUCUCUUUAGACAGUAUGAAGUGUACUUAUCCUGGAUGUAAUAAAUUAUAUGAGAUGCAGCAUCCUGAUACACUAGCCCGCCCUGAAAAUCCUAGCCCAAAGUGGCCUGUGCCCAAAGAUCUUAUCGAGCUACAACCUUCAUAUAAACAGGAUGAUUGGGAUCCUGAUUGGCAAUCGACAUCUAGUAGCAAAGUGUCCUAUCUUAUCCAGAGAUUGAAAGCUUUGCAAGAAUCCAAUAAGGAGAAGGGAUGCUAUAAUAGCAAUGAUCAGGUUCUUGCUGAGAGCAGUCGCCCUCUGCUGAGGGGAGAUGUGAAAUCAUCAUUCCAGCAAUGCCCUCUAAGCACUGAGCCCAAUAAUAGGCCUGAGAAAGUUCUUAUAUUUUCUCAAUUUCUUGAGCAUAUUCAUGUCAUUGAACAGCAAUUGGCUAUUGCUGAUAUUAAAUAUUCUGGGAUGUAUAGUCCAAUGCCUUUAAGCAACAAGAAGAAGUCACUUGCCACAUUCCAGCAUGAUCGCAGUUGUAUGGCACUUGUGAUGGAUGGAAGUGCUGCAUUGGGUCUUGACUUGAGUUUUGUUACACACGUGUUUUUAAUGGAACCAAUCUGGGAUAGAAGCAUGGAGGAACAAGUAAUUAGUCGUGCUCACCGUAUGGGUGCUUGUCGUCCCAUUCAUGUGGAAACCUUAGCAAUGCGUGGUACAAUUGAAGAGCAAAUGCUAGAAUUUUUACAGGAUGCUGAUAGAAGUAGAAACUCCCCUAUUGAAGUUGUUGUCCAAUCUGAUGAUGGUAGAAAAUUCCCGGCUAAAGGUGUCAUACAAUUUGAAGAUGAAGGGGGACGGAGACGUUCUUUGCAUGAUUUUGCAGAAAAUAGUUAUCUACUGAAACUUAGAUUUGUGAACACCAAUCCUAAUGCCGUAGAAGGUGUCUGACUUGCCAUUGUUAAGAACUGACUUAUUUGAUUAAGCAUGAACAUCCUGCUCGCGGUUUGCUACACCUGCCAAUUGUUUAUCAGGCAUUUUUGGUUGCACAUAUUCAUUUUGAAUGUUACAAAGUGUUAAAGGUAAUUAGGAUGAUGAGAAUUGACGCAACUGGUGUUAAAGGGUGUCAUGCACUAUUCUUUUGUGGAGAACUAUGUGUCAAUUGUUACAUCAUUUUUUCCAGCUAAUGCCUGAUGAAGCAAUUAAGGGUUCUCUGCAUAUUCUUUUGUAAAUUGUCGUGUCUAGCUGUGUAAAGGUUGGAUCAGUCAACAUUCCCAUCUUGUUCGACUGGUUUCUUAAUGGGUGUUUCUUCUAUCAA